GUUUAGGAUAAGAUCAUGUUACUAAGCUUCUUACCAAUAUACUUUUGACGCCAUUUAAAUAAGCGAAUUUUAUAUCUAAGUCUUCUAAUGAGAUAUCCUAGUUUAAAAGAUUCAGUUUACCAUAUGUUCUAAUAAAUAAAUUAACAACAUAAGUGAUUGCAUAAUGGUGAACGAAAGUAACAAUGCAAUAAAGGCAUAAUAUUGUGAAGUAGUUUGAGUGACCUUUAAAACAUAUUUCUUAACAUAAAUACACCUAACCUAAUUCUUGUCAUGUAAACAAAUAAGCUUAAAAAUGUAAACAUUGCGAAUUUAUAAAUCUUUUUUUCUUGAUAAUCAUACCUUGAUUAGUUGACCUGUGAAUAAAAUGCUGUGUGAUGAAUAAUAAUGAACUUUCAGGUUGAAAACUUCGCAAUGGAUGGUUUUAAAGAAAAAUUGAGGAAUAUUCUUCAUAGCAAUCAGUUUUGCGGGAUUUGCAUUGAACCGGAAGAGCAUAUAAGCACCCUUGAUGAUAGUUUCCAAAUAAUUGUAAACGGACAAUGUUACAGCAAAACAUUGAAAGAAAUAGUUGAAGUAGUUUUUAUAAAUGCUGAAAACAUACUAACAAGCUCUCAGAUAUGCAACAGUUGUUCAGAAAAACUAAUCCAGUCAUACAUAUUUAUCAAGAAUGCGGAAGAUUCAUCUGCAAUCAUAAAAAAAUAUAUAAAUGAUUUAUUUAAUAAAUCUGAUGAUAUUUUUGGUCAUUUAUGUAAUUCAAGCUUGGAAAGCUCAAAUGUUGUUAUUGUAUUAGAAAAUAAUAUUCAAGGAUACAAUGAUCAAGUGAAGAACAAAAAGUCUACAAUAAAAGAGGAAUUAGAAAAUUUAAAAAAGGAUGCAUCAAAACCAAAGAUCUCUAAAUUCAAAUGUCUGAACUGCAAUGUAAAACUACCCUCUAACAGAACUUUUAUGUUACACAGACAAAAAUGUCACAAAAAAGGUUUAUUGCAAUGUGAUGAAUGUUUAAAGACAUUUAAAAACAAGCAGUACUUAAAUGCACAUUACAAAGUACAUUCUAAAAUAAAAUGCAAAGUUUGUGAUGAACUAAUAAAGAGUACUGAAUUAACAAAUCAUAUGCAAACUCAUACAGAUUCCAUACACAAGUGUUUACAAUGCAAUGAAGAAUUCUAUUCUAAAAAUGCGUUAGAAAUUCAUGAAAGAAUGCGCCAUGCUAAAACUGAAAGUAACCAAUGUUUGAUGUGUUUUAAGAGUUUUAUCACACAAGACGAGUUAAAGCUACAUAAUUGCAAGUACACCUGUCCGGAAUGUUCUGAACAUCCUUGUAUGCACUACAAGUAUUUAAUGUUCUAUAGAGAACAAAUGCUUAAGAAUGCUUCGAGAGCAAAGUGUUUGGACUGUGACUAUUUAUGUAGAAAUAAGGAGGUUUAUUUAGGACAUGUGAAUCAGGAACAUUUAAAUCACCAUCCAUAUUCUUGUGAUAAAUGUGGACGGCAGUUUUACUCGAAAUUCGUGUUAAGAACCCAUCUACAUAGAUUUCAUAGAGAUACUUUUGUUUGUCAGUACUGUGACACUGAAUACAGUAAUAUUAGUAUUUAUGAGGAUCAUGUUAAGUUUUGUGGGACUGUCAAUAGGAAUUUUGCUUGUAAAGAAUGUCCUGCAUCUUUUGAAGUCGUAGAUAAACUGCUAGAGCAUGAAAAACGCAGACACAGCAAUAAUUUUCCAUGCGAUCAGUGUAAUAAAAAGUUUUCUACAGCAUCUAAAAGAAAAGACCAUGUAGACAAUGUUCACAGUGGCAUUCAAAUUAAAAAUAAAGUUCUGAACGUUGAAUGUGUUGUGUGCCAGAAGAUGUUCGAUUCAAAAGGAGACUUGGUACUGCAUAUGAAAUCACACGGCCCAAACACUAGGUAUCCGUGCAGGAUUUGUAAUACUGAAUAUGAGACUUUGAGACAGUUUCGCGCGCAUAAUAGAAAACAUGGUGGUCCAUUCGCAACUUGCGAGGUUUGUGGGAAAGAGAUGAGAGCGAUUCUUCUAAAGAAACAUAUGGGUACCCACAGAGACAGUGUUGAGACGUGUGAGACCUGCGGACGGUCUUUCGCCAACAUCACCUUGCUAAAGUACCACCAAAAGGUCCAUUUAGAAAGCGUGCCCUGUCCAAAAUGCAAGAAGUUGAUAAACCCAGCGCGAUUACGUAGACAUUGGAAAGCACAUCUGCUUGAAGAGAAUCCUGACUUAAAGGGAUCCAAAAAACAAACACCGAAACUAAAAUGCGAGCAAUGUGACUACAUAACAUGGAACAAUACACUUCUCGAAUGCCACAUGAACCGCCAUCAUUUAAAAAUCAAGCCGUAUGUCUGUCAUAUAUGUAGCAAGGACUUUAUUGGGAAACAUUUGCUGAAAAAACAUAUAGAAACGCAUCAGUUGGACAAAUCCGUGGUCUGUAUGGUGUGUUUGAAAAGUUUCGCGAAUUCCGCUUGUCUGAAAAUGCAUUUACGUUUGCAUACGGGCGAAAAGCCUUUUACUUGUGAAGUUUGCGGGGAUCGAUUUAGGUCUUCUAGUAUUAUGAAUGUCCAUAAGUUGAAGAAGCAUUCGGAUAAGAGGAAUAUUUGUCCGUUAUGCUCGAACAAGUUUCAUACUGUGAGGGACUUGAGAAGGCACGUGAUUAAAGUGCAUUGGAAGCAGAAGAAUAAACGGUUUGAUCCUCGAGAGCUGAAGGGUUUGGAUAAAGAGCACUAUCAUUUGUUUCAUGAUGGAAGGAGAGUCAAAGUCGCGGAGGAAGAUGUUGACUUUUAUAUGCCAUGUUGAUGUUAUCAGUAUUCGUUAGAGUCCUCUUAUCAUGUAUGAUGUAAGCCGAUUUCUAAUUGAAUAGAGGUCGCUACGUGCUGUGUAGUUUGCAGUCUCGCUUUUUGGAGUUCAUAGUAGUUAUUGGAUUUGAAUCGACAGUACAAAUAUUUCGAUACUGAAAUAAUAAUGUUGUAAUUUUAAGUUUAAUUAUGUUGGAUUAUACGCAUUGUUAUUCACAG